AUGAGGGAUCUCUUCUCUCUUCCUGAUCCAGUGAAGCCCUCAGUGUUGACUCCUCCUCUGACAGAGGGAGAACCAGCGACCCUGACCUGCACCGCCCCGGGGAUCUGCUCUGGAACUCCUCCUAACAUCACAUGGACAUGGAAAGGGACAGGGGACAACAUCACUGAGCUCAGAGACAACACCACGACACAAAGGAGAGCGGAUCUGACCGGCUUCACAACAACCCACUUCUCAACUUUGACCUUUACACCUUCAGCAGAGCACUACACCACCAAGGUCACGUGCCAAGUGACAUUCAAAGGGAACAUCACCACUGAGGAGACAGUGACUUUGAAUGUGACUCAUGUGAAGGUACCCAAGAUCUCUGGUAGUAACACAGUGAGAGAGGGUGAUACCCUGAAUCUGUAUUGCUUUGUUGACAGCUACCCACCACCACCACCAUCUAUCACCUGGAGUAAGAAUGGGACAACAGCUUUGGAACAGAAUAUCUCUGGACUGGCCUCUCUCACCAUCUCCAACAUGACAAGAGAACAUGCUGGGGAGUAUGUGUGUAAAGCUCAACACCUCAACAGGACUCUGACAGCUUCCAUUGUUGUCACUGUGAUGUGAGU